AUGGAGAAGUUGUUGGCUGGUUUCUUUGCACUUCAAGUGCUGUGUUUUGCCAGUGGCUAUCCCACUGGUGCUCCCACUGGUGCCUGUGAGGAUAUGUUGCCUCGCCACGCAGGGGUACAGCCUCAGCCCUCACCAGCUCCCUAUUCUGUUCUCACCAACACCAGGAUGUUUCAGCCAGGCAAGCCCAUCACAGUGACUAUCACUGGACCUGAAUACAGAGGUGUGCUUCUGGAAGCUCGAACAGGCAGCAGCACUAAUGCUCUGGGGAGCUGGCAACUUCCUCCUCCAGACACAAGGUUUCUUGAGUGCACCGGGAAUCCACAAGGUGCUGUUACUCACUCCAACACCAACCUGAAGGGCAACACCACUGUAUACAGAUGGAUACCACCUAACUCUACGAGCCCUGUCUACUUCAUGGCCACAGUAGCUCAGCAGCGCACAGUCUUCUGGGUUAAUGUAAAGUCCACCACUCUGACCAGAGAGAAACCAGUGGGUCUCGGUUUGGCAACGGGUGCAGGUGCCGGAAGGGCUGAAGAAAAACCUCUGCUUCUCCUUGUGAUAUGUUUUCUGAUGUUACAGGUUCUGGGGUGA